AUGGACACAGAGACUCACAAAGAAUGGGAACAAACCGUUUGUACAAAUGAAGACGAUAAAUUACCUACCUGGGAUGACUUAAGACAGUUCAUGCAAUCAAAAUACCGUACCUUAGAACUUGUAAUGUCAACAUCGGGCCUCCGUGAGAAGUCUAUCAAAGAGCGUUCACACUUUGUUACUGCUACAGCCUCAACUUCACCAUCGUCGGGAGAUAGAAAAUGCGUGCUAUGUAAAGAAAGCCAUACCUUAUGCCACUGUAAGGAGUUCUGCAAACUGCAACCUGCUGAGAGAGCUGAAUAUGUUAAGUCAAACAAACUUUGCUUUAAUUGUUUGGUACCAGGACAUUCCGCUUAUCUGUGUAAAUUGCGAGUCUCAUGUCGUAUAUGCAGUCGACGUCAUCACACUCUGCUACACCGAUCUAAGGACGCUACUUCUUCGGUACAAUCUGAGGACACUGAACAACCGAAAGUAGUACAACACGGCGUAGAAGAGAAGGAGGAAUUAGUCAACACUACAAUCGCGUCGUAUCACAGUACCAAACUAAGCACAAGUCUAGCACUACUGGCCACGGCAACAGUUUUAGCAAGGAACGAACAUAAUCACACUGUUGUUCUACGUGCACUGGUAGACCAAGGUUCGCAGGCAUCAUUCAUUAGCGAGAAGGCGACACAACUACUUAAAUUAACCAGGCGUACAGCAAGAGGAAGUAUCAUUGGAGUGGGAUCUACAAAAACUAACGUCAAUCACGUGGUACAACUAAGGAUUGGUUCUCGAUUGCAUUCAAGCUUCGAGAUCAACAUUGAAGCAUACGUCAUGAGUAAACAGUUAACCACGAAAAUCCCUUCCAAAGCUGUUACUGUCACACAUUGGCCACACCUAGAGGGACUCAACCUGGCUGAUCCGGAGUAUCACAAACCGGGUCCAAUAGACUUGCUCCUUGGUGUUAAAGAGUAUGCACAAAUCGUGCAGCAACAAUUAAUCAAAGGUCCUCCGGGUUCUCCAUGUGCACAAGAAACAAACCUGGGAUGGAUUCUGUUUGGAGAAAUCAAUACCAGUGUAAAGAAGAAAGUUUUCUGGUCCUUCAUCAACAAAUAG